GUUAGCUCAGGGCCAAUCUUCCUCAGAAAAAAGAGGAGAUUAGUAGGAGUUAGCUCAGGGCUAAUCUUCCUCAAAAAAAAAAAAGUAAAUAAAUUGCUUGUCUAGGGAAAGUUAGGACUCCAGUUGUGGAAACCUGCCGUGAAGAAAGCGGACUCACUAAAAUAGAUGGUGCGAUCGGGUGAACGUCUUCAGCGCAUGAGGAAUUAAAGGCACUAGAAACUUGAGGAAAAUUAAAGGUUACACAAUAAAGUUAUGGUUCAGAAAUGAAGUAAAGUAAAAUUUAGAAUGAUUUUUAAGUAUUGAUAAGUGAUAACAUGAAGGAAAUGUAGUUUCCUUAAUCUUGACGCUGGGAACCUUUUGCUUUGAGCGCUCUUCGGGCCAUGGUGUUGACCCCAUGGAACAGAAAAGGUGCUCCCUGCACUCAUUGAGCGCCUAGCAGUAGACAAUAUGUCGUAGUCAUGGUAAAGUAAACAGAACACUAGGGUCACAACUUUUCAGAAGAACCUGGGUUCAAAGCAUGGCAACUUGGUUUUGAAGGAUAAAAUCUAAACUUUUAAUAUAUAAUAAAAAGGUAUAGCUGGCAGAAAGUCAGGUGUGAAAGGGAGGGGGAAAUUGGAGAAAAAUAAUUAGGAGCUAAUACUUUGCUCCAUCAUUUUACAAAGUGAGAAAGUCAGAGAAAAGUAUUUCAGAGCUGAUAUCCUCAUCUUGCAAAGCGGGAUGUCCACAAAUGCAGUCUGAAGUUGAUGGAAUCAAAAAAGAGGUCUAAGUGUAUUAUUUAAAGAUACAAAUGUAAUCAAGGUAUAUGUAAUGAAAAUCCCUUUCAUUCAGACCUUUGCUCAAAUAUAAUGAAAGAUCCUCUCAGUCAGAUCUUUGCUCAAAUGUCAUGCUAUCUAAAAUUGCAACCCUCCUGCCCCACCCCACACUCUGUGCCACUUACCUGCUUCAUUUUACUCCACUGCACUUAACCAUUAUGUGACGUGCUGUGUAUUUUUCUGAUAUGUUUGUUCAUUGGCUCUCCCUUCCUCCCCUAGUAGGAUGUUAGCUCAAGGAGGGGAAGGAAUUUUUUGCCCUUUCUUUCUUGUUACUGUGUCCCCAAUACCUUUCCAUAGUUGUUGGUCCUUAAAUACUUGCUGCAGGGAUGAAUAAAGGAAUGAAUGACCAUAUCUCAGUAGGAAGUGAGUGGAGUGGUAUAAAUUAAAUCUUUGUCUAGUAUGUUAGGAUUUGAAAGUUAGUAAUUCAAGCUGAUAAAUCAAGAUGUUCAGAGCUCAUAAACAAGUGUUACAGAUGCAGCCUCCGGAAAAACUAGGAAGCAGAGCUGGGAAGAAGUUGCCUCCGGGGGUUGGAAACUGCCCAGGAGGCUUUGCUUUUCUGUACCAGCUCUUCAGCACGACUUGAUCUGUUACAAUGUGAAUGUGUAUAAAACACAAACACCGAGAGGUCCCAAAGCUUUGAGUUGAUUCUUGUAGCUCAGUGCACUGUUCAGAACCUGCUUGCCUGACCUGUGUACCGCUCCCGUGUUUCCGGGAGACCAUGGGGCCCUAAACCACCUCAGCGCUUUCCGGAGCCUCAGCGGACCCUCCGGAGUCUCAGCUCCCUUGACUGGAUUUUCUCGGCGGCCCGUGACACCGCCUCUUCACUCUUGCCGGCACUGCAGUUCUUCGCGCUGGCCAGCAGCCCCCAAGCACAGCGCUCAUUUCUCUGACCUUCUUCCUGGGGCUCAGUGAGUCUAGAUUUCUUAGCUGGUUCCGAUUCCUUUACAGAGCAUGUUCAUCUUCUUGGGGUCCCUAAAGGAUGCCAGACCUGAGAAACUGACCUUAUGUUUCGGAAUUGUGGGAUUUUACUUUUUUCUGUUUUGUUAAGAGCUUUAUCUUCUUUUUUUCUGAUUAUGAAGUAAAUAUACAUGAGGCAUGGUAUAGAAAUUCCACUAUAAAAAUCUAUAGUAAAAAUUCCUCAUAAUCCUAUUCCCCACAGAUAACAAUUGUUCUUUAAGACUUGUUUUACAUCCACAAUCUUUACAAAGAGAGAGCGCGCACUGCACACGCUAUUCUACAGCCCAUGUGCUCACUUUAUCGUCUCCGUCUUCCAGCCGCCCUGCAUAAGGAUCAACCUCCUUCUGUUUAACAGUUGCAUGCUCUUAGCUUAUCUGAUGUCCUGGUCACGCUUCUUAGUUGUGGACAUGAAGGAGUUUAGGCAUGGAGUAGUAUAUAUAGCUCACAGAAUUGUUGGAAGAAUGGAAGAAAAGUUUCAAGAUAAGCCUUCCGGAAAAAUGCCCCAAAGUUUCACCGCAGGUCUGGGCUACCAAGGGAGGCGCUGCCAUUGCCACAAUCAGGAAACCAGCAGAGCCGGGCGGACCCCUCGUCCCCGUCGGGACAGGACGGCUCCCUGUGACCGGGACGCGGCUGCUGGCCCCGCCGGCCCCGCCGACCCCGCCUCCCGCGGUCCUGCAGCCUUGCGGGGGGGCGCUGCCUCUGCCACAGGGAACUGCAGAGCUGGGCGGACCCCGCGCCCCCCACGGGUCAGGACGCCGCCUGUGACCGGGACGCUGCUGCUGGCCCCACGCCCCGCGCCUCCCGCCGUCCUGCAGCCGUGCGGGGGGCGCUGCCCUCCCGGUGGCUCCGAGUCAGCCUCCCGCGAGCACGUGGAUGAGGGAGCCCGGGCGGUCCACUUGCCGGCCGUCCCGCCUCUGCGGUGGGAGGAGACGCCGGUGUCGGCAGAGCCAGGCGGGAGUGUCCACCCGGUGAGGGUGCACCGCGGUUUGUUCACGGCGUUUGUAAACACCACUGCAGAGCGACAUCGUUGUCCCCAUGGAAUCACAAGGAUUUAUGAAAAUGCUGGCCUGUCUUGCCCCACAACUGAAUAUUUGGAAAAAUACCCUCCGUAUGGCAGUGCUCUUCCACCUCAGAGUCUUAAGCCCAAGCAGGAAUUUCGAGCAGGCCGUGGUAAAAUGGAAGGAAUGACAACAUUUAAAUGAUUAUAGAGCUUGGGACAUUCAGAAAACUGAACUUUAUAAACCAGAACAAACUUACUCUCCCCCUGCUGUGAAAUUUGGAAAUUCAA